AUGACAGAGACUACCCCCUUGAUACCAUCUCGCCAACGCUCCACCAAGGCCGCGACGUCAACAGACACUGCAUCACAGCAAGACAGUCUGCCGUAUAGUGACUACCAUACCAUAGACUGGUUACAAGGCCUUGUCAAAGAUAGUCACCGAUGCGAUAACUCAAGUCUGUACUCACGCCGCGGCAUUCGCUACCGUAUCACCAAGCUAUGGGACUCUUCACAAGGAUGGGUCGCAGCAUUCCUAAUCGGUCUUCUGACUGCCUCUAUCGCGGCAGUUGUAGACGUCAGCGUUGAGGUGGUAGCAGACUGGAAAGACGGCUAUUGCACCAACAACAUCUUUCUGAGCCGUCGAGCAUGCUGUGCAUCAGAGACAACCUGUCAGAGCUGGAAGUCAUGGACUGGCAGCUAUGUGUACGCAUACGCUAUCUAUGUCGGCCUUGCUUUGGCCUUUGGUAUCAUCGCUGGUAGUGUUACCAUGACAACGAAAUCGAAUCUCACUGCCGUCGCUCCAGAGAAAGAACAGUCAUUUGGUUCAUUGGGAGAUCAAGCUCCAAACCCCGGCGGAAAGGUUAUGUAUAUGGCAGCUGGAAGUGGCAUCCCCGAGAUAAAGACCGUAUUGUCCGGCUUUUCUAUCCCUCAUCUCUUCGAUCUCAAAGUCCUCAUCGUUAAGGCCAUCGGAUCAAUCUUUGCAGUCGCAACAGGCAUGUGUUUGGGGAAGGAAGGUCCUUUUGUACACAUUUCAGCAUGCGUUGGAUAUCUCGUUAGCAUUUGCAUCCCCAAGUAUGCGAAUAAUCAACGGAAGCUCAGGGAGAUGCUAAGCGUGGCGUGUUCGGCGGGCUUAUCUGUCGCUUUCGGUGCUCCGAUCGGAGGCGUACUUUUCAGCUAUGAGGAGAUCAGCACAUACUUCCCCCGACGGGUACUUUGGAGGAGCUGCCUUUGUUCAGUUGUAGCUGCGGCCGUUCUCAAGGAGCUCAACCCUACGGGUACUGGCAAGCUGGUUCUGUUUGAGACGAACUACGGCGUCAACUAUGAUGCUCUUCACUAUUUCGUCUUUCUCAUUCUCGGCGUCUGCGGUGGCGUGUUUGGUGGAGUAUUCUGUCGAGCAAAUUUCCUCUGGUCCAAGUCGUUCCGAAAGAUUUCGCUUAUCAAGAACAACCCUGUUUUUGAGUUGGCUCUUGUGACGUUGAUCACUGCAAUUCUUCAAUUUCCGAAUAUGCUGAUCAGAGAAACUGGAGAUAUUGUCAUGCAACGACUACUUGUUGAUUGCAACCAUGUUGACGAGGACUGGAUUUGCCAACAAGAAGCCCAAGCUACCGGCAAGGGCACGUACUACGCAUGGCUGGUCUCUGGAACCUUCGUGAAGCUAUUCUUAACGACCAUCACAUUCGGCUGCAAGGUCCCAUCUGGAAUUAUCAUUCCCGCAAUGGACGCCGGUGCCCUGUUCGGUCGCAUGAUCGGUCAACUCAUUCCCAACAUCUCACCUGGAAUCUUUGCCAUGGUCGGAUCAGCAGCCUUCCUAGCUGGAGUUAGUCGAAUGACUGUCAGUCUAGCUGUCAUCAUGUUUGAGCUCACAGGAGAGGUCAACUUCAUCCCGCCCUUCAUGAUCGCCAUUCUAACUGCUAAGUGGGUGGCUGAUGUUAUCAGUGCCGAUGGUGUUUAUGAUCUUGCUCAGCAUCUUCAAGGACAUCCAUUCUUGGAGGCUGAAGGUGCCAUCGGCAAGGUUAGAGAGUUCAGAGAUAAUGAGGGCAGUGCGAUGGUCGACGCUCUUCUCCCUUCAAAAGAUGCCAUGGACAGCGCUAUUGUGUCUAUCGCGCCUGGCUAUCGUGUCCUCACAUCAUUACUCCGCCACAAGCUCUCUCAUCUUCAGCACAGAGGCUUGAGCGACUCUGGGCUUGUGUUCGUUAACGACGGUGGAGUCUGCCACGGUUAUAUCUCGCAAUAUCAACUGGAGAAGACACUGCAUAUGAUUGAGAAAACCGAUGGUGUUGAAGAGUCUUCUGAGAUAAAUAUUCUUGAAAGUAUUAUGGCAGAGUCUAUUGACAGGAACCCAUUGACUCUCUCGUCGAAAGCUCCUCUUGAGUACGCUGUGGAGUUGUUUGGAAAGCUGGGCAUUAGCUAUUUGGUCGUCACUGAGGAAGAUACGGCCAAGGUGUUGGGAGUUGUGUCGACGAAGCAAUUGAUCGCGUUCUUGGAUAGAUUGAAGUAG